AUGUCUGCUGCUAAGCAAGAGGAUCAGGGCAGGCUCGAUCUGACAAAGUCCGUAACUGAGAAUGACCGCUUAGCCGGUCUCGGUAUCCAAGACUUUGGCACCAGGUCGGUCUCGGACCUCACAUCACCACCUGCUGCAAGACGAGGCACGCAUGCGCGCACCACUAGCGUCGGUUCGCAGAUGUCAACCGCUUCCGGCUCGUAUCGUGCAAAUCAGCCGUUUGUACACCCUAUGCGACAGACACCGAGGCCAUACACGCCACCAGCAGGAAGCUCAAACGUGUCGGUCGCGGACGAAGCAGCAGAUAUUUUUGACGAUGAGUACAGGCUUGGUCACGGCUACCGAAGCAACCGCAGCAUGUCAAUCUCUUCCGCCGCUCCAGGCCUACCGACGCCGCUAUCGCAGUCGCAUACAGCAGACGAUCUCGGCCUGGUGCCGAAGCUGACGAGUCACUCUCAGACCAACCUGUCCAUUCGGUCUGGCAAGUCCAGCAAGUCGAAGCUCGGCCGAGCGCGCGGUGACACUAGCCGGUCAUUCGACCAAGCAAACCCGUCAUCUUCGCGCACAAGUUUCGACAAAGCCUUCAGCUUCGUCUCGCGAAAGUCUGAUUCAGAACCGCAAACGCGGGAUGAGCGCAUACGCGCCGAGAGACAGAAGUUUCAGGAGAAAGAGGCGAACAAAGAUCGCAAGCUUGAGCAGGAGCGUUCGAAGCGAAAGGAGACGGACGAGCGAAGGCGAGAUAGGCAAAGGCGGAAGUCAGAAGCGUCCCUGAGGGCUCAACGGGCACAGCACGCAGCAAGUGGCGGUCCAAAGAAGUCGAAGAAGGUUGUGGAUGCGGAGGAUGAUAACGAGAAAUUACGGUCACGAAGUUAUGAGGACUACAGGCCGGCUCAUCACAUGACUUUGCCCAGACAGGGUGUCGAGGCUGGUACGUCGGAAAAGGCACCGCGCGCUCCUGAACGCAAAACGAGUGCUCCGCAGAGCGGCUGGAUUCGCUUUUGGGCGUGGUUGCAUACGAGGAUGUUGAGUUGCGGCGGUCGAUGA